CCCAUACGACUCUGGCCACCUCUAAGGCAGCCCCUGGACCGCUCCAAACGUAUCCAUCUCUUAGUAAAUGACCAAUGGACUGCAGUGCCCUAGCAGCACGUUCAGAGGUUCUAUGUAAGCCAGUCAAGACCACGGGAAGGACAGCAGGUCACUACCUUCACACCAUGCGGUUAAACUCAGUGAAUAUUCAACAGAGGAGGAGGAGAAAGGAGGAGAGGAAAGCAAGCUGGACUAAAUAACUGAGGCUGUAUCAAUGCAGGUAUGUCAGAGGGGCCACCUCUGCUUGGCAGUGUCAUAAUGCCUUGAGCCCAGCAGGAAAGAUGACCUGCCUCUCCCUUUGCAUUUGGAUGCCCUGACUACCAUCUUAAAAAGACACCUGUAACCUAUAACAAAAAAUACCUCUAACAAAAAAAGACAAUGGCACAAAACACUCUUGCCUGCAUUUACACUUGAUCUAUGCGUGAAGCAAAACUUUUAUUAUUUCUGCUCACAUGGAUAAGGGGAAGGCCAGAAUGAUAAUAUCUGGAGAAAUCAAAGCAAGCCGUCACAGCAUGCCUUCCUAACCCACUUGUUUGUAGAAGGAGCCCAGCGGCAGAACUGGAGUGGGACAUGAGACCCUGGUGCAUACUGUGCUGGGCAAGCACAGCCCAAAGUGCAUGCCCUCUCCAUUGCACCUGACACCAAGGCCAGCUGUGCUGUGAGAUAGGACUAUAUUAAUUUCCUGGACACCUGGAAUGCUAGAGAAAGAUUAAUACACAACAAUAUGUGGAGGGACUCAGAUUUCUCCCCUUGCAUUACAGAGAAAGGAUUGUUUGCAUGCUAGCAAGAGACAGAGUCAAGCUCAGAGAGAAUAAUGUUACAAUAAAUACAACAUUGCGCCCCAGGGGCCUACUCUGAGUAUUUCCGGGCAGCAGCAAGACCUUCCCUCACUGGAGAGGGGCGCAGUUCGAAACUGGCCCAACCAAGAAGCCGGACUCGUAGGCUGGCCCCUUUCUAAAGUCAACUAACUCUCACCCUUCGACUCUUGGUCCUGAGUUGUGCUGAGCUGGCUGCUGCCGCUCUCAGCAGCACUUGGGACACUGCACUGGACUUACCAGGGCUGUGGCCUUCGGGAAUCAUGCCAUCCGUGGAUGACAUUUUAGAGCAUAUAGGAGAAUUCCAUUUUUUUCAGAAACAAACAUUUUUCCUCUUAACUUUGCUCUCGGCUGCCUUCACCCCGAUCUAUGUGGGCAUUGUCUUCCUGGGCUUCAUCCCCAACCACCGAUGCUGGAACCCCGGGGUGGCCAAACUGAGCCAGCGAUGUGGCUGGAGUCUGGCCGAGGAGCUCAACUACACAGUGCCCGGCCUGGGUGCUGCGGACAAGACUUUCCUCCAGCAGUGCAUGCAGUAUGAGGUGGACUGGAACCAGAGCACCCUUAGCUGCAUGGACCCUCUGUCCAGCCUGGCUGACAACAGGAGCCUCCUGCCUCUGGGCCCUUGUCAGCAUGGCUGGGUGUAUGACACGCCUGGCUCCUCCAUCGUCACUGAGUUCGACCUAGUGUGUGCCCAUUCCUGGAUGCUGGACCUGUUUCAGUCAGCCGUGAAUGUGGGGUUUUUUGUUGGUGCUGUGGCCAUUGGCUACCUAGCAGACAGGUUUGGCCGUAAAAUCUGCCUCAUAAUAACAGUUUUCAUAAAUGCUUCAUCUGGGGUUCUCAUGGCCAUUUCUCCAAACUAUACAUGGAUGUUACUGUUUCGUUUGAUCCAAGGACUGGUCAGCAAAGCAGGCUGGAUAAUCGGCUAUAUCCUGAUUACAGAAUUCGUUGGAAUGAGCUAUCGGAGAACAGUGGGGAUUUUAUACCAAGUCGCCUUUACGGUCGGGCUCCUGGUACUGACAGGGGUGGCGUACGCCCUUCCUCACUGGAGGUGGCUACAGCUUGCCGUCACUCUGCCCAACUUCUGCUUCCUGCUCUAUUACUGGUGCAUCCCCGAGUCUCCAAGGUGGCUGAUUUCUCAGAACAAAGCUGGGAAAGCCAUGAAGAUCAUUAAGCACAUCGCUAAGAAAAAUGGAAAAUCAGUGCCAGCCACACUUCAGAGCCUGAGAGCAGAUGAGGAAGCUGGUCAGAAGCUGAAUCCUUCAUUUCUUGACUUGGUCAGAACCCCUCAGAUAAGGAAACACACUUUGAUCUUGAUGUAUAUCUGGUUCACAAGUUCUGUUCUCUACCAGGGCCUCAUCAUGCACAUGGGCCUCGUAGGGGAAAACAUCUACCUGGAUUUCUUCUAUUCUGCACUGGUUGAAUUCCCAGCUGCCUUUAUCAUCAUUCUCACCAUUGACCGCAUUGGGCGCCGUUACCCUUGGGCUAUGUCAAAUGUGAUGGCAGGGGUGGCCUGUCUCGCUUCAGUUUUUGUUCCUGAUGAUGCACACUGGCUAAAAGUCAUCCUAGCAUGCUUAGGGAGGAUGGGAAUCACAACGGCCUUCGAAAUAGUUUGCCUAGUCAAUGCUGAACUGUACCCCACAUUCAUUAGGAAUCUGGGCGUGCUUGUCUGUUCCUCAGUAUGUGACAUCGGUGGCAUCCUCACGCCUUUCCUGGUCUACCGCCUCUCAGAGCUCUGGCAGAAGCUCCCACUCGUGGUGUUUGCCGUGAUUGGCUUAGUGGCCGGAGUAUUGGUGUUGUUGCUUCCAGAGACCAAAGGAAAGGCUCUACCUGAGACCAUUGAAGAUGCUGAAGCGAUGCAGAGACCAAGAAAAUACAAAGAAAAUAUGAUUUACCUCCAAGUGAAGAAACCAGACAUUCCACUAAAAUAAGGAGAAAGACCAUGACUCCUGUUACAGCAUUGCUUUGAUACUUCCAAGACCAGAAGCAGAGAUUUCUUCACUCAUCACAAAGCCCAUGCGAUUCACCAUACUUACCCUGAGCUCUGUCAAUCUAGAGCUAUAGCCAGUGGGCUUUGUUGCUCUCUAAAAAUCACCCUACAAUCCUGCCAAACCCUUCCAGCUCACUCUGUCCUCAGACCUCCCAGGCCAUUAGUUUGCUUGAAUUUUUUCCCAUCUUCGUAUUUCUUUAUUUGGUUCCUUUCCCACAAUAAUACCAAAGCAGAAUACCUAGGGAACUGUGAGCAAGGGAAGCCAAAUAGAAAAGAUCUGAAAAACAAUACAGUUAGGAGAAAAGAGCAUAUUUCCUUAAAGAAAUAAAGUAUCUAAAGCAACAUCAUAUUGUCCAUAGUGUGUAUCAAGACCUUUGAAUGGGGCCUCUCAGUGAUAAGUGAGUAAAUUUUAAAUAUAUUGAUCAUUGUUUGAGUUAGACUUGAAGGGAAUGUCAAAUAAAAGAAUUAGAAUACAA